UGCGUCCGACACCGCGUGCUUACCUCCUAUAUAGUAGGAGAAAUACAUGUAUCUCAGCUGCUAUAUAGUCGCGGUCUCAUUCAGCGCAUGCGCAGUGGCCUCUCCGUUGUUUUUGUUUUUUUACGCGCUAAAAAGGGUGGAGCUAAACUCGUCGCUCGCUGACUGGAAUAAAGUCGGCUAGACGUUCGGUAUUCGCAGAUAUAUGACUGAAUGACUGUACAUAAUUCCCUUCAAAUGCUAGUGAAGUUAGAAACGUGUUUAACAAUGUCGUAUGUAACUUUACAGACGGUCCCUUAAUAUCCGCGAAUACCGAACGUCCAACGUCACGCCGACUCUAUUCCAGUCGCGCGCGGUGGAUUGGUUAGGAUCCUAAGAAGGGCGGGGCUAAACUCGUCACGCGCGGUGGAUUGGUUAGGAUCCUAAGAAGGGCGGGGCUAAACUCGUCACGCGCUGACGCGUUUCAAACAGUUUGAGCAUCAUGGCGGCUUCCAUCGAAAGUUUGCUAGCAGAAUUAGCCGAAGAGGAGGAUCCAGUCGAGGGACUCAGGAGCCUCAGGACGGCUGUUUUCGCGACUCCUGUUAGCUCUUUGAGGGAAACUUUAUCCGUUCCGCAGCUGGGAAUCAUUUUCUCGCUGCUGAACACGAAUGACAAGGAGCAAAUCGAAGUCUGUGUGGAGAUUCUGGGCCGGGUCUUGGAGGUACUAGACCCUGCCCACCUGGCUCGCAACUGCAGAGCGGAGCUCCAGAGCGGACUUGCGCAUCCGGAUAAUUCUGUCAAAGUGCUCGCUCUCACACAGAUCGGGCGGGCGGUCAGCGAUGCUGAUGGGAUUUCAGAGGUGAUGAAUAAUCCUGAGAUUCUACAAGAGGUGAUCCAGUGCAUUGGGGCAGAAAGUAUAGGUGUAUCUAAAAAGGCAAUAUCUGCCCUCAGCAAGCUAAGCAACACAAAGGCAGGGCUUGACGCUCUGUUCCGCUCCGAUUUGUUAAAAAAACUGAACGACGUGAUGGCCAUCAGUGACAUUGUCAGAUACAGAGUGUAUGAGCUGGUGGUGGAGAUCUCCUCUGUGUCCCCUGUCUCACUGGGUUACUGUGCCAGUAGUAGCUUUGUCUCUAAACUACUUGAGGAACUGACUGGAGAUGAUGUUCUCAUCAGAGCGACGGCGAUAGAGAUGGUCACCAGUCUGGCUCAGAGCCAGCAUGGCCGUCAGUACCUGGCACAGCAGGGAGUCAUGGAUAAAAUAUCCAACAUGAUUGUGGGUGCUGACUCCGAUCCUUUCUCCAGUUUCUACCUGCCAGGCCUGGUGAAGUUCUUUGGGAACCUGGCCAUCAUGGACAGCCCACAGCAGGUGUGUGAGAAUUACCCAGCAUUCCUCAACAUGGUGUUUGCCAUGGCAAUGUCCCCUGACUCCACUCAGAUCCCUGUUGCCCUGGAUACACUGGGUCUGCUGGGUGGCACCGUUGAGGGCAAACAAGUUCUACAUAAAACAGGUGAACAGUUUACCACGGUGAUAAAGCGAAUGAGUCGGUUAGCCCAAGAUGGAGCUACUGACCUCAGAGUGAGGAGUCUGGAGGCCAUUGCUCAGCUACUCACACUACCAGUGGAGCAGCAGACGGACGACUUGUUGCUCCUGACGGAGUCGUGGUUCUGCUCUCUGAGCUCUGAGCCCUUGGAAAUGAUCAGGUCUAUCAGCACCCAGCCAUUCCCUGAGUUACACUGCAGCGCACUACGCGUAUUCACUGCGAUUGCUUGCCAAGCCUGGGCCCAGCGAAUGAUGAUCUCAUCACCAGGAUUUGCUGAGUGGGUGAUGGAGCGCUCUGUUAGUAAGGGGAAGGAGGCAAAAGACUGUAAGUUUCAGCUGGUCGGUGCGCUUUUGAGCUCAUCGAGCACACAAGAAAUCUUCGGCGCUCAAAAUUACCUGAAGCUGAAAACAUACCUCAAGGAGGGACCCUACUUCGUCAACGCCAUAGCCUCGGUCACGACCGAGGGAGCAGACUGAUUAAAAAAGAAAAAAAGCCGAGCAUUUAUUAAAAUUCAUUCGUGUUCCCUCUUGACAAAGACUUUCUGAAUCACUUACGCAUUUCUAUCAUCCACCGAGACGAACACGGACACGCGUACCACUUUUGGGAUGCUCACGUUAUCUUUGUCUUGUCGCCGUGUUCACACUUUUCGGUUACUACGCGCGGUCCUGACGCAGAACUCUGCCGACCGCAAUACCGCCGUUUAAUUCAGUAUGUUAUCUUGUACUACGGACCAAUUCUGCGGACCAUUAAACAGUGUGCAAACAAAUUCAAACUGAUGACCACAAUCGAAUCUUUUCCUGCGGUUUAUUCGGGUGUUGAAAUAUUCAGGGUUGGACAAAACAUAAAUCCAUUAGCUGCCUCAGUGGGCAAGUGAAACCGUCAAAAACGAUGGUUACAGUAAGGUCACGUGAUACGAUAUACUUAAACAAAAUGUGCUUGAGUGCAACUCGCCACUAGCGAGUUAGUUAGCUGGUUAUAAGUUUGAAUGUAUGAAAUCCCCUGUAGGGGGUGGUUUAGCCAUGGUGUGUCCUUUUCUCAGAAAGUCUGAGGAAACCCGUCACGUUUGCGCCCAUGAGGAAAAAGUCAGCAAGUCGUCGGCCGACGUUUGGCUAAGAGCUGCACUGUUCCUACUUCAUCACACGUGAAAGACAUUAUCAACAAUGUUAUCUCGUCCACAGCUAUGAAUUUAAAAAAAUAAAUAAAUAAAUGUAAAGUUUGCCUGAACACGUAAUCUUCUCCUCCCAGGCUUCUGACCUACCCACUCCUGGUGAGGUGUAGAACACUAUAAAACAGUUUUAUAGAUAUUUUGGGAAAAGUGGCUCUGCGAUGACGACAAGAGACACACCUGGAGUGAUCUCAACAUCUGGUCCCUUGCUAGUGUGAACUCGCACGUUUGUGAGGACGGUAGCUCCCGAAAUGCUGCGAACACACGACUGACACCUGCUUAACAACGGUGUUCGUUUUACUGAAAGGGAUUCCCGGCGUGAACGUCUGCUACACGUUUUAUUUCCGUCAAAAACGCGUCCGCUGUACCCGUCGCGCUAAUUCGAAUGCGUUCCUCUUUGCUUAAUUGCUGAUCUUUUCUUUGCGUUCAGAUCCUGUGUUUCUACUUCCUGCUCCGCUUGAUUUCAUUGAAUUGACUUCUUUUUGGAUUGUUUACUGUCGAUCAUAAUAAACGAUGAAAUGAUAGUUUUGUUCAUCUUGGAUUUUGGUGGAUUUAUUCGAUCACGUUACUGGAUAGCGUAAAGCCGUUACACGCGUAAUACGUCUCUUUCCGUAAAGGAGCAUUUCUAUAAGCGGUUUGGAUUAAAUGUAAAAGGCCUGUCCCAAAAAAAUUAAACUGCACCAGUUACACAGAAAUGAUAGAUCCUUGAUGUUCAGCAUAAGAGUUUAUACUUAAACAUGGCUACAAAACGACACGUUACUCUAUUCAUAUAAUAUAGAGGCGUGUGUUUCUUCGAUUAGAUGAUACAGUUCGAUAUAUACACACACAUACAUACAUAAAGGUGGGUAAAGAGGGGAUCAGUCAGAGAAGCAACCAGGGGGCCAGGCGUGACUUUAAGGAGCUGGAGAGAUCCACAACUCGACUAUUCACAAGACAAUGACAGCCUGGACAUUCCAUCAUGUGACUCCACGAUUGCACACAUUCAACCAAUCAUGUGACAUUUGAGAGCAAAACUAAUUAGGACUUUCACAGCAAUGGGGGUGAAUACUUCUGUGAUCAAACCUUUUAUGUAUUUUGUUGUAAUAUGUUUUUUUACAAAGGGGGGGGGAUGCAAGGAACUAGUUCAUGCUUUAUCUCAUGAGCAGUUCCUUUCGUUCUUCAUUUUCUUCUCUUCCCAUCGCUGAUCUUCGUCUCAUCUGUCCAUCGGAUGUUGUUCCGGAACUGUACGAACUUUUCUACAUGUUUUUGGCCGACUCUAACACGGUCUUCCUAUUUUCGAGGCUUACCCAUGGUUUAUAAUCACGUGGUAAACCCUUUUAUAUUUACUCUGAUGACGUCUUCUUUUAAUUGUUGACUUUGACACAGAUGUGACUCAGCCUAACGAUCGCUUGCUCCACCGGCAGGAACAGUUCUUCGGACUUCGUAUCCCUUUAACCUUCUUCCCAGCCGUUCGGUCGAGCACACCACAUCGCCACAUGUUUUACCUGCUGCUUACUCGUCGGUGAAAUAACGACGGAAUAACACGCCUGACCACGGAACAGCCGAGCAGCCAAAUGUGCACGCUGUUUUUUUUUUUCCUCUUAUAGGGGGCGGGGAUGACGUCUAUAAAACGUGCUGUAAUUCUUACACAGUUCACCUAAUCUGGAUGUUAAUGACAUCAAAUUAAAGCUGAAAUUAAACAUUCAUGUGAUACAUAC